AUGAUGGAAAGCUCCUUCAAAGGUGCACCUAGCAGCCAUUGGAAUGUGAGCUCUGACCCUCCUGACGAGACAUAUGCUGAAACGGUUGAUGGUGAUGGUGCUGUAGGCCAUGGUAUGGAAACGCCGACAAAAGAUGAUUCAAGUGACCGACGAGAGGAUGAGUCUGUAUCUGGAGAAAUAAUAUCGCACAGGAAGGGUUAUUACAGAGACAUGUUCCCAUCGUAUUCUUCAUCGCCAACACAUUCAAAUCGCAGAAUGCAAAACGAAAAGGACAAGAAAUUGCGACAAGCAAAAGCCUCCAAACGUGACAAAAAUGCUCUCAAGAUUAGAGGAGGCCUCGAGAAUAUGGAGAAUUUUGUCAUGAAGAGCGAGCUGCUUGAGGUUCAGAGGAUACAGCAACUUCAAGCGCUCGAACAUGAAAUACCAGACGAACUCAUUGAAAAGCUCGAACAAGAGCGGAAUGAAGACCUCGAGGAUGAUGAGCUAAUUGAGCUCAUCAAUCGCAGAGACUGCUGGGAGAAGGAAUUGAAUCAAAUCCUUUCAGAACUGAUAAUUGAUUAG